UGAUUCGAUAUAAAAACGACCGUCAUUAGUACCAAAAGUAACAAUCAUUACCAAACCCCUUUAACUUCAACGUGAAUUUUGCGCAAUGUUCAAAGUUAGUUCGGGAAUUUUUGCGUUAUUUGCGCUAUUGGAAAUUGGCGUUGCUGAAAAAUCACAGGUCGAACUUAAUUUGGCCAAUACUAUAUUACGAUCGACAUCAUCAAUUCAAUACGAUCCAUUAAAGAGUGCUGAAUGUUUCUCCGUAUAUUUACCAAAAUUGAACAAUUUGACAGCUGUCUAUGAGGAAGACUAUCAAUUGUGUUUGAAAAAAAGUGAAGAUUCUAAAGAAGCUUUGCGAAAUGAAUUGGAACCAGCUGUAUCAGUUGUGAAUAGUACCCGUGAUGAAAUUUGUCAAGGUUUCGCCGAAUGUGUUUUCGAUUCGGAUCCCUAUGGCUACUUUGAGUGCAGUAAUGAUGCAGCUGGUAAAGCAAUUUCUAAAGCCUAUAGUAUUCAAACCUUGUCCCAGGAUCGUAUGCAGUAUAUCACAUUGAAGUACGAAACCAUUCAGUAUGCUCAAAACGUGUGUACGUCUAAGGCCUCGGAAACAUAUGUACGAGAUUCUACGAAAGUACAUGCUGAAUUACAAGACUGCUUAGCGGGCAAAGUUCCGGAAGAGUCAUCGACAUCUACCACCGAAUCAACGUCAACGUCUGCUGAUUCAACCUUGAAUACUGAACCGUUUUAAAAUGAUUUUGCUAAUUAAAGAACUAUGUAUGCAAACAUAUUCAGCAUGGUAGAAGUAUAUAUGUAGUUGCACCUGCACUUGUGAACAAUAAUAUGUCAAAAAUAUUAAAGAUUCACUUAAAAAAUUAA